GUCUUCAUGUACAACGAACAGGCGCUAAACCCUGAAAUCUAACAGCCACAAGAGCUCAAAAUGCGAGUCUUCUUUUCCUAUGGCGCCAAUAUCUUCAAGCGCAAGACCCUAACACAUGAGAACACUCGAUUAUUUCUGAAUAUGUUUAGCUUCACCCGAGAAAUGUCGCAGUCCACUGCCAUUCCCAAAAAGCUUCAAAGAGUUCGAGAUCAUGGCUAUGACAACUACAUGGAAGUCGAGAAGAAAAUGAGAAAAGUUCUCAAAUUUCAGGACCUCAUUCUUUCGCAGCUCAACCAAACACUCCCAAUCUCUCGCCUCGACACCCUCGCUCGCCGAAUCGGCUUGAAACAGCACGAAGCCGGCGCGUUCAUACUCAAAUUCCCUCAUGUUUUCGAGGUUUACGAACACCCCGUUCAGCGGAUUCUCUUCUGCCGAUUAACCCGGAAAGCCAUUCUCCAAAUCGAUCAAGAAAGGCAAGCCCUCAUCGCGCAAAUUCCAGACGGUGUCACGCGCCUCCGGAAGCUUUUGAUGAUGUCUAACACCGGAAGGCUUCGUCUGGAGCAUGUUCGUAUUGCUCGGUCUGCGUUUGGGUUACCGGACGACUUCGAGUACUCGGUGGUUCUCAGGUACCCGCAGUAUUUUCGAUUGUAUGAUGCCAAAGAGACCAGGAAUAAGUACAUCGAGCUUGUGGAGAGGGAUGAGAAGUUAACUGUGUGUGCCAUAGAGAAAGCUAGGGAGAAGGAAUACAGGGAGAAAGGAGUUGAAGCUGAAAAUAUUAGAUUUUCUUUCAUUAUAAAUUUCCCUCCGGGCUUUAAGAUUGGGAAGUAUUUUAGAAUUGCAAUGUGGAAGUGGCAACGUUUGCCAUACUGGUCACCUUAUGAAGAUGUUUCAGGAUAUGAUUUGAGAUCGAUUGAGGCUCAGAAGCGAAUGGAGAAGAGAGCAGUUGCUACAAUCCAUGAAUUGUUGUCGUUGACUGUAGAGAAAAAAAUUACUCUGGAGAGGAUUGCUCAUUUUCGGAUGGCAAUGAAUUUGCCCAAGAAGUUGAAAGACUUUCUUCUUCAGCACCAGGGGAUAUUUUAUGUCUCAACUAGAGGGAAUCAAGGGAAGCUGCACACGGUUUUCCUCAGGGAGGCGUAUAGAAAGGGAGAAUUGAUAGAGCCCAAUGAUUUGUAUUUAGCAAGAAGGAAGCUAGCUGAGUUGAUUUUGACAAGUCCCAGGAAAGCAAACGUUGAUAGAGAAUUGAUUGGCUAUAGGAGAAGUAGAGAAGAGGAUGAAAUGGGCCCAAUAAGAAGAGCAUGUGUUGAGAAUGGUUUUGAGGACUUUGAGGGUGGAGAUAGUAUCGGGCAAGAAGGGGAUGCGGAGGCUGAUUUGUCAUCAGGCAUGGGUUCUGAUGUUGAUUCUGAAAUUGAAGAUGAGGAUGACGAUUUUGAGGAUAAUGUAUCAAUGGAAAGGACAUCUCAGUAACAUUAAUAUCAGGUUGAGAAGGUGGAAUUGAAAACUUUCACCUGGCUUGGUUGGAUGCUUUCUGUGGAGAGAAUAUAUUGAGGGAUUCUUUCAACGUUGGUUCUUCCUAUUUCGCUGUUUAGAAGUCUCUCGGUGGCUUCAAAAGAAAGUAUUCAAAGCAGUGGACAUUAGUUAAGAUUGCUAUCUAUCUCAUCUCAUCUCAUCUCAUCUGAAGUGAUCAUAUGACAUGUGACUUGUUUGGCUAGUAUGCAGCGAGUUUUGUGGCCAUUAUCAUGAAUAUCUUUUCUUCAAUGGUGGCUGGCAAACCAUACUGUGGGAAUUUGGAUUUGCUGGAUACUGAGUGCCAGAUCUUGAAGAUGAUUGUAUGUGUCAUUGCUAAACCAAUAAGACUGGAACUGAUAUGUUGUCAGGUUUAUCUGUACACAGAGAAACAAUUAAAUGGAAGAAAACUACCAAGCAAAGGAAGGAAUUACACCUUAAGCUCGAAGCUUCAAAUUGUUGGAAGGUAUAGGGCUUAACUCGGACGUUCAUCCAACCACAUAAGGCAACUCCAGUUAACUUGAGUUUUGUUACUAUCCUGUUUUGGAAAUUCGUUGACAUGAAAAAGCAGUGGCUCGUAAACUGAUGCACAGGUAAUUUAACAUUGGCUCAUCAGUGUUAUGCUAGCGUACUAAAUGCCGUUAGUCUUCAAAAAACAAUAACUAGCCUUGUGUCACUAAGCUAGAUAAGCUGUAUGAAUUGUACAAUGGCAUUGUGCUCUUUCAAUACUGACUUCGCUCAUUUUUCUUCAUAACUAGUCCCAAGCAUAGACAAAAGAGUGUUAUGUUAGUCCCUCAGACAAAAAAUGUGAUUUCCCAUGUCAAAUUAUGUUUUGAUCAAUACAUGCUUCGAUCAAAAUGUCUUCAUCAGAUUACUAAUUAUUUUAUGUGGGAACUUAAAGAAGUCAUCAAUCGAGACCUCUUGGUUAGCGGCUCAUUAGAGGAAUUGGUUUCAAGACAGGGCACAAGGAUAUUGUAUGAUUCACGUAGCUGACCCACUUAAUGCGAUAAAGCUUUUAUCGUUGACUUUUUCUCUUUAUUUUUAUUCAAUUGGGAACUUUGAUCAGAUAGGUAGAAGUUUUCUUUCCCUUGGUUGGCAAGCAUUGACAUCGCUACGAAGUAUGUGCAAAUUGGUGGAGAUUACAGACUAAUAAUAAGCUUCGUCAUUUUGCUGUUCACCUAUUGGCUUGUUGACUUUUACAGUUUGAUCUUCUAUGAGUGGCGAACA